CAUAGUAUGAUGUGCAAAGUGAAAAUAUACUGGUUUUGAUAGAAGGAUCUACAGAAGUGAGACUUGUGAAUGCUGGCAUGCUGCAGCAGAACGGGACUUUUUACUGUGGCUCUGUCACUCAGUCUAAUAGAGAUCAGGGUAGUCAGAGGAAGGCGGGGAUAGGCAACACUCAGACUGCCUCCACUGCUGAGAGCCAGCUCUCCUGGGAGCAGCAGGGAGUGUGUUCAGGAGAGCAUGGAGAGAGCUCGGGGCAGGGGAGGUCUCCUAGAGAUCUCUGCAGCAAGCCUUCUCUGAAAGCGGACUGCAGAGGCGGAGAGGGGAGGGCAAGUGAAAAAAUGAAGAUGGACAGGUUUAUUGAACGGAAUCACUCCAUGAUAAAGUUUUCCGAAGUAGCCCGGGAAGGAAUGCCUCCACCUUCUGUGCAGCGACGACAGGUACAGCACCGAACAGAGGACAGCUCAGCUUGUAUCGGCACUAUCUUCUUGGCUCAGGGCGAGCAGCAGGGUAAUGACCGUCUGUCCUCUGGGGGCUCUGGGUCCCCAUCUAGUCCUGGGGAGGUGGUGUUCCGACGGCUUUAUCAGAGCCAACCUGAUUGCAGCAGGAAAGUUGUGAGCAUGUACAGCUCCUCAUCCAAACUGGAAUCAGUCUUGCAAACUGCCCAGGAGAGACAGAGGAGACCCAAAAGCAUUUGUGUUCUGGCAGAGUUAAAUGCUGCUGAGACGACCCCUCAACACAGCAGUAACAUUAGUGGACUUUUAGAUAUCUUCCGGCAGCGCAGAGCCAAAAAAGCCGAGCUUCGCUUCUCGGAGAGAAUCAAGACCAAUAUUUCUAGGAGGAAUAUACAGGAGGUUCCCUUGAGGUCCACACCAAGAGGGAAACCACGGCCAGUCAGCAUGACCUUCCUAGAGAUAAACAAGCGAGUUUCUUGCGAUGACCUGGCCUCUGACAACUGUCCAAGCUUCAACCGCUCAUCCAGUGACGGGGCCAGCUUCCAGAAGACUGGCUUCCGCUGGAAUUUUUUUAGCAGAGUGGCCAAAGAAGGGGAGAGGUCCCCUCCGCUCAACAGGAAGGGUGACAGCCCCAAGAAGACAUUGGCUUCAUUCCGGAGGAGUCUGAGUUUCCGGAUAAAGAGGGGCCGAGAAAAAGGGGAGAGCGAUGACCAGAGAGAGAGGCUACGUACCAAAAGUGAUGGUGAUGAAACCUUGUAUUCUACACGUCCAUUUUCCUAUCUGACUGGGAGAAGUCUGGCACCCUCUAGGGACAAGGCAGAAGAUGGGGGUAUUCAGUAUGUGAGGUACCAAAGCAAAGGGAAGCUCAAAGUAAUGGAAAUACCAAAUUAUCCGGCCAAGCUUUCAGAGCCCAGCACAGAUGAACCCAGUGUUUGGAAACUGUUGACAAGCCGCUUUAAGAAAAAGGACCAGCCGUCUAAAGACUCCUUUGUGAACAGUCAGGAAUGGACUUUGAGCCGAUCAGUACCGGAGCUUAAAGUGGGCAUUGUGGGUAACCUUUCAAGUGGGAAGUCGGCCCUGGUUCACCGGUAUCUGACUGGCACAUAUGUACAGGAGGAGUCCCCUGAAGGUGGAAGGUUCAAAAAAGAGAUAGUUGUGGAUGGGCAAAGCUAUCUGCUUCUUAUCCGAGAUGAGGGUGGACCCCCUGAGCUGCAGUUUGCAGCCUGGGUAGAUGCUGUGGUCUUUGUCUUCAGCUUGGAAGAUGAGAUUAGUUUUCAGACAGUGUACAAUUACUUCCUGCGGCUCUCCAGUUACCGCAACACAGCUGAGGUACCCAUGGUACUGGUGGGCACUCAAGAUGCAAUCAGUGCAGCAAACCCUCGGGUAAUUGACGAUUCCCGUGCCAGGAAACUGUCCAAUGAUCUGAAGAGAUGCACGUACUACGAGACCUGUGCCACAUACGGGCUCAAUGUGGAACGUGUCUUCCAGGACGUUGCCCAGAAGGUAGUAGCUUUGAGGAAAAAACAGCAGCUGUCUAUUGGGCCCUGCAAGUCUCUGCCCAACUCUCCCAGUCACUCCUCUGUUCCUUCAGCCUCCAUUCCCUCAGUGCACAUCAACCAGGCAUCCAAUGGCGGGGGUGCAUUCAGUGACUACUCUUCGUCCGUUCCCUCAACACCCAGCAUCAGCCAACGGGAGUUAAGGAUUGAGACCAUCGCUGCCUCCAACACACCCACCCCCAUCCGCAAGCAGUCCAAGCGGCGCUCCAACAUCUUCACAUCUCGGAAAGCCAGUGAACAAGCAAAGAGCAUCGACUGUAAAACUGACAACAUAGGCAGUGGAAGAGCCAUACCAAUCAAACAGGGGAUUCUUCUAAAGAGGAGUGGGAAGUCUCUGAACAAAGAGUGGAAGAAGAAAUAUGUAACGCUGUGUGAUAAUGGUGUCCUGACUUACCACCCCAGCUUACAUGACUACAUGCAGAACGUCCAUGGGAAAGAGAUUGACCUGCUGAGGACCACUGUGAAGGUACCUGGGAAGAGGCCUCCACGAGCUGUGGCCACCACAGCCCCAACAGCCAGCCCCAAAACCAAUGGAUUGACCAAGGACCGCAGCAACCUGCAGCUGGCCACUGGCACCACUGGUGCCCCUCACUCCAACAGCAGCGGGUCCCUGCAGUCCGAGCGCUCAGUCAGUGGGAUCAACCUGGUGGCCUUCAGCUCCAAGCCCGAUGGAAUGCACCAGCGCUCUUUCUCUGUGUCUAGUGCUGACCAAUGGAAUGAGGCCGUCAUCAAUACCAGUGUCAGCACCGGGGCUGCUAAUGGAACUGCGGACUCCCUGAGCUCCAGCCCCAAUGUGUCGAGUACAACCAGUCCUAAACUGGAGCCUCCACCUUCACCACAUGCCAACCGCAAGAAACACAGGCGGAAAAAGAGCACCGGCGCUACCAAGCCUGAUGGGCCAGCCACUGGAAAUGAAGAGCAAGAGGAGUCGUUUGAGUUCAUGAUUGUGUCGCUGACAGGACAGAUGUGGCAGUUUGAAGCUUCCACGUAUGACGAGAGGGAGCUGUGGGUCCAGGCCAUUGAGAGCCAGAUAUUUGCCAGUUUACAAUCCUGCGAGAGCAGCAAAAACAAGUCUCGGUUGGGCAGUCAAAGUGAUGCACUUGCCAUCCAGUCAAUCCGCAAUGUGCGAGGAAACAGUUUCUGUGUGGACUGUGAAGCACCCAACCCGGACUGGGCUAGUCUGAACCUGGGGGCUCUUAUCUGUAUCGAGUGCUCGGGGAUCCACAGAAACCUGGGCACACACUUGUCCCGUGUGCGGUCACUGGACCUGGACGACUGGCCCGUAGAGCUCAGCAUGGUGAUGACUGCUAUCGGCAAUGCCAUGGCCAACAGUGUGUGGGAGGGCUCAGUGGAAGGCUACACUAAACCAGGGAACGAGAGCAACAGGGAGGAGAAGGAACGCUGGAUCCGGGCGAAGUACGAGCAAAAGCUCUUCCUGCUUCUACUGCCGCAGUCGGACGUGCCACUGGGCCAGCAGCUGCUCCGAGCCGUCGUGGAGGAUGACCUGCGGCUGGUGGUGUUGCUCUUGGCCCAUGGCUCCAAAGAGGAGGUUAACGAGACCUAUGGUGAUGGGGACGGCCGCACUGCACUCCACCUUUCUUGUGCCAUGGCCAACGUGGUCAUCACACAGCUCCUGGUUUGGUAUGGCGUGGAUGUGAAGAGCCGGGAUGCUCGAGGGCAGACACCAUUGGCCUACGCACGGCGAGCAGGCAGUCAGGAAUGUAUUGACAUCCUCUUGCAGCAUGGUUGCCCCAACGACAACCUCAUCCCAGUUCCUACACCUAACUUGUCCCGCAGAAAUACCAACGUUAACAACAACUCCCAGUGCGAGCUGAACCGCAGUGCCAGUGUCAUCUAGCCCGGGGAGAGAGGGCAAAGUGACACCAGCCAUAUGUUACACUGUAUUUCCUGCCAAGUUCUUCCCUACCUAACCUUUCCCUCCUCAUUAGCAGACUGGGUGUGCAUGACUGAAAAGUGCUUCCAUGGCAACAGGAAGUGGGUACCAGUACUCAACUGUAGGCUGGAAGCACACAGGGGCAGCAAGGGCUCAGGGGGGAUAACGUCAGGAUUCCCUUUAUUCUUUAUUCUUGUACCUCCCUUAAGGAAAGAAAACGUCAGUUGAUUUACAAAACCGAACACCCCUCCUUUUUUUUAGUAACAGCACACAGAUGGUGACAAGGGAAUAUGUGGCUUUGUUUGGUCAGGAGCUUCCUUAAUUCAAAGGUUCACCGCAGAUGUAGCUCCAGGCUCUGGUAAUUUUUUUUUCAAUUUUUUUUGUGUCAUUUUUAUAAUUAUGCCCGAGCCUAAAUUUUGCAAAGAUUUAAAUAAAAGACAACUACAAGGUGUGGGAGUAUGAAAGAAAAAUGCACAAUUUUUUAAUAGGAAUUGGAGAGAAAUGUCUCCACACUACAGGCUUCAGCCAAAUAACAGUGUUACUGAGUUGUGGUUUAGGUUUCAGCUUUUUUUUCAACUCAGUUUAUUUUAUUCAACUUAAUCUUUUGUUUUUCUCCUCUCCGAUGUUUGGCAGCGUACAAAAACUCUUCUUCAAGCUCACCAUUGUUGUAUAGGACUAACACAGUACUGCACUGGGACAGAAGACAUUUUCCGGUCAUGUUUGAAGCCGACGCUUGCCCAUAUACUAGGGCUUUACUUAUCUGUGUUGAGGUCUGUAAGACAUCAGCAUCUACUUUACACUACAGCUUUAAUGCAAUUCUGUGCUCUCCGUUGUCUCAACAGCUUCCAAGCAUUGUAGUGAUCAUGUAUUGUUUUUCAUUGCUAUUGUUGCCUUAGCUAUUUGCCUUUUUUGUGGCUUAGAUGGACCUGGUCCAAAAUGCCAGUUUUCAUUUUAGAAGUAUUCCUGUGCUCUAUAGAAGACAAUGGACUUUAAAAGAGCCCCAUGGUGGAGUGGGUCCUAUAGAUUGCUUUUUAAAAUAUUUUGGUCCAGUAUCCAGUUAUGUUUUGAUUGUGUGUUUGUUUGUUUUUCAGUACAUAAUGCGUUUACCCAUUUAAGGACCCUGGUGGUUGAAACACUUUAAAACCAAAAUGCUAAAGAGUCUGCUCAUGCAGUUGCAGUAUUUUUUAUAAUGCACUAUAGCAGAGUUUGGUCCUUAGUUCUGUGCAAAAAUCUGAGCCCCUUUCACACUUUUUUCUAGUGCCCAAAGCCAUAGGUUCUUCUUUCUGUCCAAAAAUGAUUAGGUGGACAUGCAUCUUUCCUGUGAUUGUUGGCCUCCAUGGCCUCCUGUUCUUACAAAUUUGUAUAAUGUGUCAUUACAUCUGUCUUCCAGCUGUACUUUUAAAACCAUUUAAGACCAAAGCAAAUUCAAACAUAAAGUGUGAAGCUUGUAAUCAAAAGGAAUUCUCCAAAAAUAAUUUAAUGCAACACUUUUGUGGCCACAAGACUUUAAUAAGGGGGAAAGUAACAGCUAAAAUAAGCUUUUCUUGCACUUUAUUUUUUUUUGUACUGUACAGGUCACCCUUCAUACUGAGAAGCAGGUAUUGUGAGGUUAACGUCUAGAGAAGAAAUUAAACCAUUGUUAUGACAUAAACUGUCAGAACAAACAGAAUGUUUUUUCUUUUGCAGGCAGUGCUAACACUAAUUAAAAUAGAUGGAAUAAAACUUUUAAAUGGUUUCCAAAAGCCUGUGCUUAAACACUAAAUCUAAUGCACCACAGUUCACUAUCUUAUAGUAAUUUAAAUGCUUAUUGAAUGCCAGCUUCAACUAGUAAAUAGUCGAAUAAAAAAAGUAUAGUGUCUUACUCAACUUACAAAAUAUUGUUUUAAUGAUCCAUUUAGUUUUAACAGUUCUUUAUUUUUUAGUAUUAGUUUUUUACUUUUCAAAAGUGCAAUGAACUUUACAUUUUAGAGAGAUGAAUAUAUUAUUUUUUACUGUAGUUGAUUCAAGUCACUGGCAAUUAUGUGUGACCCUUAUCAGAUCAGGUUUAGAUUUUGACUAUUCUAGUAGCAUGUUUCUGUUUUUGUCUGUUUUCCAGUUCAAGAGUAUAGUUUAAAAUGUUUUUUUUUCUUUUUGCUUACUAUCCAUUUUGUUUUGAAUUAUAGGAUAGUUAGAUCAUAAAAGCAUGCCCAGUUACUGUACAUUUAGAAGCUUGUAAAAGUGACAUCCAUCACUGUUUUGAAACAAAUUCUAGAUUAAAGAUGUUAUUUUCACAAGUCACAUAUUUCUGCACAGAACUAUGUAGACUUCAAUACUCUAACUGUACAUAAAGGGAAAACAUAAACCUUCUGUGAUAAUCCUGUUGGUUAGAAUCUCGUUACAGAUUUGGGGCCCAUUUGUCUCACCAUAUUUAACAGUGUUAGAGAGCAAAAGGCUGAUACAUUAGCUAUUAACUCUAUUAACUCAUGGACUGUUCGAUGUCUUUGCAUCCUAAAGGGGUUUUAGCGAUUUCCAAUGAUCUGUUUAACCUGCAGUAAGGUGAUGUAGUUUCUUACUGUACAGAUUUUUUUAUUGAAAAGAGCAGUGGGUUAUUUUCUACAGAAGCAACUAAAGGUAGCCAUUUAUCAAGUAGAGACCAGUUGGCCUUAUAGUCAGUCUUGUAGUCUGAGACCAAGGCUGUUUAAUGUCUAAUGCACUGUCCUGCUGUGAAGCGUAUGGGAAGAGCAUUCUUGGCAACUAGGGGGCAAACCAAUAUGUCUCAAAUAAGAAAAGUGACUUAAUUAAUGAAUAAUUAAAUGACCAGUCUUGUGGCCUUAGAGUUACAGGCAAAAUCUGGAAAAGGGGAUUGUAAAAUUUCUGUGUUGCUAUAUGCUAUAGUUUAAAUUGUAUUUGAGUUCCUGUGCGGUCAUCCUUCAAAGAUGCCUCUAUGCUUCUUGAAUUGCAAAAUCCAUAUUAUAUGAUGCAAAAUUGCAUUUUUAAUUCUGACUUUAUCCCAAUGGUGAAUGCUGAAUUUAAAUUUUACCACUUUGCUACAAAUCACAAAAAAAAUUCUAAGGAGACUUAUGUCCAUUAUUGUCCCACUUUUGAAAUUUACGUCUUAGACAGGUAAAACUCAUAACACAAUACAUUAAGCACAUGAACCCGUUAAUAAAUAAGAAACAUACUGUACAUGUAUGGUGAGAAAGAAAAUAAAUAUUUAAAUAAAGUAGAAACUACAGUUGUCCAAAUUAAGCUGGUUAAUAGCUGGUUUAGAACUUUUUAACUUUAAAGUUCUUUGCACUUAAAUCUAGGUAGUCUAAAUCAACACCAUGAGGGAAGGAGCUCAAAAGCUCACUGUGCAAGGGGUGGUCAUGACAGACAAUGAUUUUAUUGGCCUUCCACACUAUUUAUUUGACGUAGAUGUAAUUUUGUUGGUUGGCUUCACUAUCCUGCUCACUCUGUAUUUGCGUGUAUUAAGGUUACCGCAGUGAAUGUUAAGACUGAUUCAAAGACAGACAGUUCUGUACAAUUAAAUCAUCAUCUUACUACACACAUUAAAAGAGUGGAGCUUUUUCAAAAGAACAAUUGCUGUUGGCUCUUCAUACGUAUGGCAUCUGCAUUUUCGUCAAAGGUUAGCUGAAAGGGUUGCAGUGUUUUCCUGACCUAUCUUGUCAGAUCUAGCCAGCUUAUAGUUUUAUCUGGUAGUUCUGAUUUCAAGUUUUUGAAAUAUUUGCCAGCCACCUCUGGAGGUGCCUCAUUUCUGGGUUGCCAUUGCAGGGUAAGAUUAAGGCAUUCUGCACAACUAAAAUGUUCUUACCUAUAGUAUGCAACAGAUCUAAUGUUUCAAAACAUAAUUCUGGAAUUGUGUGCAUGAAGAAUAUAAUGAGAUUAGUUUUUGCUAAGAAACAUAUGCGUAUGUGUGACACCGAUAUGCCAAAUACUCAGGAUCAUAUGAAGGUUGUCUAGGUUAUUGCCCUGUUUUUAUUAGUAUAAGCUGUCUUUUUGUAACUCAGCAAGGUCGACAUUUUGGUGACUUAUUACAGGAUGAAUAAGGAAUCUGAAAACCUUAACCAAAGCUAUGAUGCUCUUUGAUAAAUGUUACUGGGUUUGCAACUUUUUUUAGCAACAUCAGCACACAGCAUAUAAUAUCUGUUGUAUCAUGAAGGUUUACAAUGUGAUGCCAUGACAACAGUUGUUAUCUGUUUUAAGCAAAAUAAAUUCCAUAACACAGAAGGAUAAGCACUCACUACAUUAAUAAAGGUGUUUGUAUUUUAUUUUUGUAAAAUGGAGAAUUCUUUGUGUGUUUUCCCAAAGAUUUGCUCCAGUGCAUUUUUUUCCAGAAAAGGGUUUUUAUUGCAUAAACUUUUGAGUCAUUUUUUAUUAUUUUUGGAGAAAUUCUGCAGGUUUGAAGUUCUUAGAUCUUUAUUUGUCAAAAAUAUUAUUUUAAAACUUGAAUCGUGUAUAUGCAUUCUCCACCAAAGUGGUACAUUUUUAUAGUUUUCGGGUUUUUAUGUUUAUCAUUUGUUUUACGAUAGAGUACAUGCAAAUUAAUGCAUUUGAGUAAAGAAAAUGUCCUAGUCAAGUUUUUAAAAGUCUUUUUUCACCAUAUGUAUUACAACACUUCAAAUUCAAUAUUGCCCUGUAUCUUACUGUACUGUAUAUUAUAGAGGUUAACCUCUAUGUUUCAGUUGCCAUAUUAUCCAAAUUUGAAGCUGUGCAUGUAGAAGAGAAAUUAAAGUACCAGUUGAGAAUUUGAGAAGGUUUGAGAUGCAUUUAAAUAAAAAACAACUGCACAUUUUUUUCAAACACUUGAAAUCUGUUAAUCGGCCAUUUAAAAUUGACAUUUGGAAUGGAACAUCCAUGCUUACUUGCAAAGUUAUGUAAAAUCCCAUAACACUUUCAUACAAAUGAAUGCACUAGCCUUUGAAAAUAUCAGGGAUAUGCACUUUUUCAUACAAGUCAUUGUUACCUAAAUCCAUCAAUUUAAUUUUCAGUAUGUUCAAAUAAUUGGGGUGUGGUAUCUAAAGUCUCAAGUAAAAUACUGCCUUAGACCUGAGCAAAACAAUACUUGCAUUCUAGGAUACCUAAUAUAGCACCAUAUAAUUAUAGUGAAGCAUAAUAACAUUUUAAGCCAUUGCUAAACUGUAACUACCAAAAUAAGUGUCGUUUCUAAAUAAAAUAACCUAUUUUAAAAUAAUGUUUAAGAAUUGCUGGGGUAUAGGAAGAAUAUGGAACUUUUAUUCUCUAACAAUUAAAAUCUUUUUAAGUAGUUGACCACGUUAAUGGCACACAAAGUAUAAUUUACACUGAUAAUUUGGAGCCCGAUUUUUUUGGUGAAUUCAGUGAAACAUGAUUGAUAUAACAAAGUAUCUCUUUACACCACAGUAUCCAAACAGGCCUGGAAACCUAUGCUUCUUUCAUUGUUAAUAGCCAUCUCUCAACUGAAAAGUGCACAAUAGUACAUCUCUGAAAUGUGAUAACCUGCUGCAGCCUUGGCCGUCGAUACAGUAUCUGCACAAAGAGAUAUAUUCCUGCACUGUGUUGCCAAUUCUGUUGUACUUGUGUGAGGGUUUGUGUGAAUGUGGGCCUGUGUGAGUAAUUUUACUGAUUGUUGUGAAUGAUUAAAUAACCAUGUGUACAGUUGUAUAACAGGUUAGAAACAAAAUAUUGUAGUAUAAGUGCUUUCCUCCUGUACAGAUAUUUUAGCAACAAGUAGUAAUUACUGCACCCAGGACUUGCUUUGAAAUCCCUUUAGCCUAUUCACAGUGGAAAAUCCCAAAAUGCUGUUUUUUGGAGCACUGAAGGUAGGGGCGGUAUAAGCAUGCCAUAAUCAGUGCUGUUAUUCAUCCAAAUAUCUCAAGGCACAAAAGUAAAAAUGCAUGAUUGGUCGUUUUCUUCUUACAUUUUGGAAAACAGCAUGCUCAAUGAAUCAGAUAUAAACCAAAAACUGAUGCUCGGGUGUGCUGGUGAUGGAGAAGACCUCCAGAGGCACAUAAGCAUUCUCCUAUUUUAAGGAUUUUACCCCCAUUAAGCAAAUCAUGAGUGUAGAAAUCAUGGUCAGCAUGCUUGUACUUUUAAGUGAGGGUCUCCCAGCAAAGCUCAGGCUGUCAGGUAGGUUGCCUUCACAUUCUGUACAUUUUUGUCAUUUUCACAUCUCUGCUUUAUCAUAUGCAUUUGCCAGACUGGGUGUUGAAUUUUGCUUUAGGGACUGAUGCCUCAUCUACAUCCAUUUCUAAAGAGGUGCUAGCAAAUGCAGAUAUCACAUGAGGACUGCUUUCUGAUAAAAGAAAAGCACUUGGUAUACAAAAGAGCAGAUAGAUAUAUAGCCAUUGUUGUAAGUGUGAAAAGUAGGUAUAGUUGCCAUUAUUCCUGAGAUAAGAUGGCUAAUGUAAGUGGAAUAAAGCAAUGAAUUAUCACAACCAAGUUGUGUAAGGGAGUUUCCAAGCAAGUCUACUGGAGGGAUGAUAUUUUUUUGGGGAAAAAGUACCUUAAGCAGAACAUGUCACUCUCAUCCUAUCAAAAUUUCCUGUGAGUCUUCCUGUCCUUUAUACUGCUUACAAAUGAUGGGGUGAAACAAGAAAUAAGAUAUGUUCUACAACAUCCCUGUAUUUUCUGAUCAUUGUCAAUGGUCCCUUAAUUCUUAGGGAAAAAAGAUAUUUUAAAAAAUAAAUGGGUGGCUCAAAAAGCCCCAGAGGUUUGGAAUAGCUCAGUUUAACUGCAUUUGAAAAGGGAAUGAUGCAUGGGAGCAUUGCGGUGAAGGAUUGGAGUGUUUCUUACCCUGUGAUAUUAAAAGGAAACAGCCAACCAAACUAUUUGCGGGAGCACUUUCCCUAAAAUGUAGCCAUGCUAACUCCAUAUGAUUUUAUGUUGUUGAAGUUGUUCUAAUUUGCUGUAUUUUUAUUUUUUUCUUAGUAUUUGGGGUUUUAUGGAUAUGUUCCAAUGCUUAUACAUUGCCUGACUUGUGAGGUACUUCAUGUAUUAUAAUGUACAUUUGAAAUAUUUAUAUUGCAGUAUGUAAAUAUUGUUCUGAUUUUUUUUUUUGUGCAUUUAAAAAACACAAAGCAAGGCAAAAGCAAAAAAAAAGCUGCUAUGUGCUUGGAUGACUGUUGACUGAUAAUAAAUGCUCCAAUAAAGUAAUGUAGCUGUACCCAAAUUGUGGGGAUAAGAAAGUUUGUGCCUGCAGUU